AUGUCAAAGCACGAUUCAUUUAUCAAAGAACUCAAGGAACUUAAUGUCACUGUCUUUGACGAGACAAAAGCAACUCUCAAUUCGGGCACGAUCUAUGGUGUCAUUGACGAGCUCGGAUCGAUCAAGCGCACUCAGCGUGGUAACAUGUCUCAGUCGUUCCGGUUGCGUGAUCCAUCUUGGACGCUUUCCAAAUACAAGAGGGGAGUGGGCAUUACACUGUUCCACAAGGACAGAGAAGCCAUAGCUGAGGAUGCCAAAGUUGGCGACAUUUUCAUGGUGCAUGAUGUCCAAGUGACAAAGAAUGUCGGAUACAUGAUGCUGACCACAAAUAAAUUUACCAAGUCAUCAAAGUGGUGUUACCUUGACGGUGAGACGUUGCAGCCAAGGGUGACUCCCAAGAUGUCUCUCGAGUUAAACGACAAGGAUGUUGCUGUUGCCAAGACCCUGAAGGCAUGGUCUAUGCCCUCCCCCGAAAGCAUCCAUCCACCAACACCUAGCAACAUCACCCCAUCAGCACCAAGCAAUAUCACCCCUCCAACACCUAGCAUUAUCACCCCUCCAGCACCAAGCAAUAUCAUCCACCCUCCAACACCUAGCAAUAUCACCCCGCCAACACCUACCAACUACUUCCCUGCUUUCAAGACAACGGAGGAAAUGGAGAUCAACAAGUUUUGUGGAUACGUUGGCAAGGUCGUAGCAUCCCAGCUACAGAAGAGCAAUUUGCUGCAGUUGAUCCUUACGGAUUAUACGCCCAACAAGUUUCCUAUGGCCAACUAUUACCAAAGUCAAGAUUUGAUCCCUAGUGAGCUUUUGAUCCAAGCUUCAUUAUGGGAUGAGAACGCUACAGCCGGUCGUGAUAUUGAGAAUGGUGACUACAUCGAGCUGCAUAACGCUCACAUCAAGCGAAGUAAGCUGGGCUAUAUGGAAUUGGCAGUGAGAGGCGAUCGCACUUCUGGAAAAAAGGCACCCAAAGUCAAAAAGAUCAACAACGUACACGACGAUGAUAGAGUUAAACGUAUCAUGCAACGAGAGGAUACAUUUUGGAAAGAGGUGAUGCCUCCGAUUGUCGAGGAAACCAAGGAUGUACACACACAAAAUGUCCAUACAGUGGUUGGUGGUAACACUUCAAUCUUUACUGUGGAGCAGAUAUUGGAUGACAACCAGGUCGAGAAGGAAUACACUGUUCAUGCUGCUGUGCUGGAUGUCAAGCCGCGAAAUUUACAAAGUUGGAUCAAAAAAUGGUGUCCCAAAUGCGAGUGGAUCGAGGAACCUGAUGCUGACCUCUGCAGCCAAUGUCACCAAUCAAUCCAUGAAUACACCCUGAUGUCAGCCUUUCUUUUGCAAGACAAUCAUAGUCGGCGGAUGCAGUUGCAAGUAUACGGCGAGGAGGCGAAGGCCAUGUUUCCCAACUUGAUACCCAUCAGGCCAGAAGAGGAUUACAUUCUUGCCUUGAAGGAUAUGAUUGAUCACAUCUUAUCAGCGAACCCUGAGAAACCAGACCUUUAUCUUAACAUUGGGAUGAAAUCAUACAUGACAAUUGCCAACAAUCGACAAUUCCGCUUGCGAGAUACAGUUUUCCAUUUUGAUUAG